GGGUGUAGUCUGAUUCCCUUCAAACACUGUGGCUACUACUGUUGUGGACAGAGUCUUCAGUGAAGAGGGAAGGAAAGGAGAGGCUUCAGCGUUGGAAGGGGAGGACUGCUAAAGUCUACUGCAGGGUAGGAUUGUUUUUUAGUGAGAGAAGGAAGGAGGAGAAGAGUCAGGGUCGGUUGUGGAGGAGAGAACCAGACCAACUGUUUGAUACUGUGGCUGCUGCUGACAGACUGUCUUCAGUGAAGAGAGAAGGUAACAAAGCUGGAGAGCUGGAUGAGGUCUGCUACAGUCUAGUUGGAGAAAAAGCUAGAGGGUUCUGAACAGAAGACAGGGAUCUGAACAGAGAAGGAGAAGAUGAGACUGGUGAUAGAGUUUUUAUUAAAGCUAAAUGAUAGAGCUCAUGAAUGUGUUGCAAAAAAAUACUGGUAACUCACUGCAUGACUAAGUACCACUUCUGGUUAUUUUUCCAUGCUGAUGUUUCUUCCUCACAAAAUAUUUUGGUGGCAUAUGGUAUCUCCAUCAACACCUUCAGCUUUUACAGUGGCAUAUGGUAUCUCCAUCAACACCUUCAGCUUUUACAGUGGCAUAUGGUAUCUCCAUCAACACCUUCAGCUUUUACAGUGGCAUAUGGUAUCUCCAUCAACACCUUCAGCUUUUACAGUGGCAUAUGGUAUCUCCAUCAACACCUUCAGCUUUUAUAGUGGCAUAUGGUAUCUCCAUCAACACCUUCAGCUUUUACAGUGGCAUAUGGUAUCUCCAUCAACACCUUCAGCUUUUACAGUGGCAUAUGGUAUCUCCAUCAACACCUUCAGCUUUUACAGUGGCAUAUGGUAUCUCCAUCAACACCUUCAGCUUUUACAGUGGCAUAUGGUAUCUCCAUCAACACCUUCAGCUUUUACAGUGGCAUAUGGUAUCUCCAUCAACACCUUCAGCUUUUACAGUGGCAUAUGGUAUCUCCAUCAACACCUUCAGCUUUUACAGUGGCAUAUGGUAUCUCCAUCAACACCUUCAGCUUUUACAGUGGCAUAUGGUAUCUCCAUCAACACCUUCAGCUUUUACAGUGGCAUAUGGUAUCUCCAUCAACACCUUCAGCUUUUACAGUGGCAUAUGGUAUCUCCAUCAACACCUUCAGCUUUUACAGUGGCAUAUGGUAUCUCCAUCAACACCUUCAGCUUUUACAGUGGCAUAUGGUAUCUCCAUCAACACCUUCAGCUUUUACAGUGGCAUAUGGUAUCUCCAUCAACACCUUCAGCUUUUACAGUGGCAUAUGGUAUCUCCAUCAACACCUUCAGCUUUUACAGUGGCUACAAAAAAGAGGAAAAUCUGUUUGAAUAUUUAUUUUUUUAAUAGUUGGAUUUAGAUGCCUUUGUUAUUUUCCUCUGGAGCAGACGCAGAAUGUGUUUCUGGAGAGGUGUACGGACGUACUGUUUCCCGUCAACACUGAACAGCCACAUUGUGUUGGACUAACACAGCAUUACCUGGAUUAGAGACAGAUUCAAGUACAUUAACGUGAACGGUCUGUGGGACGAUCACUGGAUCUGCUUUGGAACGGAAUCAUAUUAGAUGUUAUGAUUUAUUUUUUGAUGAUUUAAACCUGGAUAAAGAUCUCAAACAUGAAUGCUAACGGCAACACUGCUGCUGCUCAGGGGAAGGCCUCUUCCAACUCCACCAUAUUCACCCGCUCCGACCGCUCCGAGUUCCAGCGACCUGAUGUCGAGACGCCGGUCCUGAAGUUCUUCCGGACUCUCUCUGAAGAGACAGACACUUCUCCCGGGAACGUCAACAGCAGUCAUGGAACAUCUGUUGAAGUCAAUGGAAAUGAGAGGACAGCAGGGGAUUCAAGUGCAGUAGGUGUGGUGCAGAAGAAUGGAGAAUCCACCACCCCCACCACAGUUGUGCGGACCAAUGAGAGAGAGGAAGUAUUUGGAACAGAGGGCUGCAGGGAAUUGGAGUCUGUCGAUGGGAUGCCACCAGGGACUAGCUGUUCUGUGGAUUGUGACAGGAAUGGAGGUCUGGCUCAAUGGAUUCCAAAAGCACAGAGUGACAUCAUAGACUUAGAGGAAGAAGAUGCAAAAGACUACAUUGCAGAUAACAAGACCCAUUUACAAGGAUAUGGUGGGUCAACAGACCAAUCGGAUGGCUGCAUUCCAGAAAGGACAUCUCACUUACAAGGAUAUGUGGAGCCAAUGGAUUCUUUAAAAAAUGAACUGAGAGUGUCCAUAGACAAACAUAGGAACAGUGGAGCAUCCGAAGACUGCAGUAGGGAGGAGCCUAUAGACACAGACACACAGUGUGCUACAGGCAGCACCAAUCAGGACAUAGACACUGACUGUCCCAGUAGAGACCAGUCAGAGACAACUGACCAGCAACGUCUGUACAGAUCCACAGACAAAAUUCAUCAAGAUAUAUUAAAAAGUGAUGAAAUCACUAACACUGAUGACAAAUACAAUGCAAAGGAUGUUCGCAACAACACAGAUGAAUCUACAGACAAGCACAACAUACUGACCUGGUUAACAGACAGUGAAACCAAUCCAGCAAGCAGCAGUACACAGGAAACAUGUACAGAUGAUAAGCAAAUCCAAGACUUACCAACACCUGAUGAUGAUUUGACCAGAGACCUUGCUAACCCUACUGCAGUAAGAGCUGAGAAACCUCAAGACUUACCGACACCUGAUGAUGAUUUGACCAGAGACCUUGCUAACCCUACUGCAGUAAGAGCUGAGAAACCUCAAGACUUACCGACACCUGAUGAUGAUUUGACCAGAGACCUUGCUAACCCUACUGCAGUAAGAGCUGAGAAACCUCAAGACUUACCGACACCUGAAGAUGAUUUGACCAGAGACCUUGCUAACCCUACUGCAGUAAGAGCUGAGAAACCUCAAGACUUACCGACACCUGAAGAUGAUUUGACCAGAGACCUUGCUAACCCUACUGCAGUAAGAGCUGGUAAACCUGACACCAGUGGAACACCAUCUUCAAACAACACAACUGUGAUUCUAACCAUGAUCAGGACUGAACCUAUUUCUGAGGAGCAGCAGCAUACAGUCGCUGAAACAGAGACUGUUGUUGGUACUACUGGACAGACUGAGGAGCCAGGAUGUGGGUCUAGCAUUGAGGUGAAGGUGAGAGGGGAGACCUACCCACACUCAGAUUCAGACAGUAUCACUGGGGCAGUAGUGGAGACAGGAGAGACCGAUACUGGGAAUGACAGGGUGGUGUCUUGUCCCUCUGAAACUAUGCUGUCCUCUGAAGUGACAGAGAGAGCACCUGCAGAGGCAAAGUCUACAGCCGGGCCUUCUCACCCAACAAGUCCCCAGGGGCCAACCUCAACCCCAGGUCCAACCAGUGGCCCUCCCCCUGGCACCACCUCCAUCCGAGCCACCUUCUCCCUCGGUUCCCCGGUGGAGAAGCCCCUCCAGCUGCCUGCCCUCUUCAGUGGUCUGAGGACCCUAAAGAAGGGAGCGGCAGGGUCGGAUCAGGACAUAGUGGCCCUGAUCAAACCACCAUCACCAUCAGACCUGGGUGUGAACAAGCCUGUGAGGAGAGAGCAGAAGACGGUUCGCAGGAGGCAGGGGACUUUCUUGGACCAGCUCUCCCAGCUCCUGAACAUGGAGAAGGAUGACAACAGUAAGAUGAAGGAGUCUACAGGAGAGGAGAGUAAGGAGUCUACAGGAGAGGAAAGGAAGGAGUCUACAGGAGAGGAGAUGAGGGAGUCUACAGGAGAGGAGAGAAAGGAGUCUAAGCCGUCAGAAGAGUCUAAAGAAUUCAGCGAUGAACCUGAGGAAGUGAGGGAGGUGAAAGAGAAGACAGAGAAGGAUACAGAGACAGAAAAGACAGAGCAGGAUACAGAGAAAGAGAAGACUGAAGGACUGUCUGUGAUAAAGCCUCCGGAAUCUUCAGAACCUUCUGAGACUCUAGAACCUAAGGAACCUCAGAAGCCUCCCUCCAGGGCGGAGGUGGCAUUUGAUGAGUUCAAGGCCUUUUUCGUCCCCAGGCCCCUGAGGCGGGACCAGGAUGCAGUGAAGCGGAAGGCCUGGAUCUUUGAGAGAACCUUCAAGACUCCUGAAAAGAAAACUGAUUCAAAAUUGCGGGCGUCGACCCCAGGUGAUGGAGAGGACCGGUCCACCCCAGGCCGUCUGCAGGCCAUCUGGCCCCCAACUAAGGAGGAGAAAGUGGGACUGAAAUACACCGAAGCCGAACACCAGGCAGCCCUCCUGCAGCUGAAGAGAGAAUGCAACGAGGAGAUGGAGAAGAUACAGGAGGACUUUGGGAAGCAGCUGCGCCAGGUGAGAGGGGACAAUGAGGAGCGUGUAUUCCACCUGGAGUGCAACCUGGCCCGGCUACAGAGCGACCUGGCCCUGGGUGCGCGCCACCGUCGUGGAGACCUCCGAGACGUUGCCGUAUCCACGGGAGAUGACCUCUCACAACGGACCGUCCACAACGUGUGCGUCCAGACGGACCGUCAGACCUUUAUCAGAACCCCUGAGGAUGAGGAGGGAGGUGUCAGGCUGGGCCCCCAACCCCCCCUCAACGUGCCUAAGAGACUGGGCCUGGCUUCUAUCAGUCUAAAUCUGUCUGGACAGGCUACCUCUCCCUCUUCUCCCUCUUCUUCCCCCCUUCUCCCUCCUCCACCUCCUCCUCCUCCUCCUUUCCCAAAACAGACCCAGAGACUUGACGGCCCUCCUCCGACCUCUCCACCAGGCUGCACCCCUCCACCCCCUCCACCGCCACCAGGCUGCAGCCCUCCACCCCCUCCAGGUGUGUUGGUGGAUAAACCCCACAGGAAGCCUGCUGUGGAACCAGCCUGUCCCAUGAAGCCUCUGUAUUGGACCAGGAUACAGAUACAGGACAAUAAGGACACACUGUGGAACUCUCUUGUGGAACCAGACAUCAUCAACACCACAGAGUUUGAAGAUCUGUUCUCCAAGACCACCUUGCAGACCAAGAAAAAACCUCUGUCAGAGGCCUAUGAGAAGAAAGCCAAGGCCAAGAAGGUCAUCAAGCUGCUGGAUGGGAAGCGUUCCCAGGCUGUAGGGAUACUCAUCUCUAGUCUGCACCUGGAGAUGAAUGACAUACAGCAAGCUGUGCUGACGGUGGACAACUCCAUCGUGGACAUGGAAACCAUCCAGGCCUUAUAUGAAAACAGAGCCCAGCCCGAUGAGCUGGAGCAGAUAACGAGACACUACCACACUUCAGAGGAGGAACUGAUCAAGUUGCUGGACAAACCUGAACAGUUCCUCUAUGAGUUAUCUCAGAUACCAGACUUCCCAGGCAGAGCUUCAUGUAUCAUCUUCCAGUCUGUCUUCAUAGACGCCAUCGCCUCCGUACAGCGGAAGGUUGACAUCGUCUCUCGCGUCUGCAAGGAUCUGUUGGAGACCUCCAGUGUGAGGGAAGUAAUGGGUCUGGUUCUAGCUCUGGGGAACCACAUGAACGGGGGCAACAGGACCAGAGGACAGGCUGACGGUUUCGGGCUGGAGAUCCUGCCCAAACUGAAAGACGUCAAGAGCAGGGACAAUCGAAUCAGUCUGGUCGACUACGUGGUAUCAUACUAUCUCCGCAAUCUGGAUGAGAAUGCUGGGACAGAGAGAAGUGUGUUCCCUCUCCCCGAGCCUCGGGAUGUGUUCCUGUCAGCCCAGGUCAAGUUUGAAGACAUCACCAAGGAUCUGAGACAGCUGAGACGGGACCUGACAGUGUGUGAGAAAGGUGUUCAGAAGGUGUGUUCCAGCUCUCCAGACGAGCACCUCCAGCCGUUUAAGGACAAGAUGGAGGCGUUCGUUCUGAUUGCGCAUAAAGAACAUGAUGACGUGCAUGCCCAGUUGAUGUUUGCACAAAAAAGCUUCCACGAGCUGGUGACGUUCUUAGGGCUGAAGCCCAAGACAGGAGAGACCGAGGUGGCGACAGGUCACUUCUUCAUGCUGUGGUUUGAGUUCUGUACCGACUUCAUGACCAGGUGGAGGAGAGAGAACAAGAAUAUCUCCAAAGAGAGACUGAAAGAGGCUCAGCUGUCGGUGAAGAAGAUUACAGCAGACAAGAAGGUGGAAACUAGGAAGAUCAUCCCUAACAGUCUGAAAGAGAGACUGCGCCAGAAAGAAGCAAACAUGGUGGCCACAAGCUGAGAGACAGAACAGAGAAGAACAGGACAGAGAAGAGAAGACAUUAAUGAGAAGAGUGAUGGUUUGAUGUGUGACAGGACUGGGGACUCCUCCCACCUUCUCCCGUCACCGCCCCUUAGCCACCCACACAGGACUGGGGACUCCUCCCACCUUCUCCCGUCACCGCCCCUUAGCCACCCACACAGGACUGGGGACUCCUCCCACCUUCUCCCGUCACCGCCCCUUAGCCACCCACACAGGACUGGGGACUCCUCCCACCUUCUCCCGUCACCGCCCCUUAGCCACCCACACAGGACUGGGGACUCCUCCCACCUUCUCCCGUCACCGCCCCUUAGCCACCCACACAGGACUGGGGACUCCUCCCACCUUCUCACGUCACCGCCCCUUAGCCACCCACACAGGACUGGGGACUCCUCCCACCUUCUCCCGUCACCGCCCCUUAGCCACCCACACAGGACUGGGGACUCCUCCCACCUUCUCCCGUCACCGCCCCUUAGCCACCCACACAGGACUGGGGACUCCUCCCACCUUCUCCCGUCACCGCCCCUUAGCCACACACACAGGACUUGGGACUCCUCCCACCUUCUCCCGACACCGCCCCUUAGCCACCCACACAGGACUGGGGACUCCUCCCACCUUCUCCCGUCACCGCCCCUUAGCCACCCACACAGGACUGGGGACUCCUCCCACCUUCUCACGUCACCGCCCCUUAGCCACCCACACAGGACUGGGGACUCCUCCCACCUUCUCCCGUCACCGCCCCUUAGCCACCCACACAGGACUGGGGACUCCUCCCACCUUCUCCCGUCACCGCCCCUUAGCCACCCACACAGGACUGGGGACUCCUCCCACCUUCUCACGUCACCGCCCCUUAGCCACCCACACAGGACUGGGGACUCCUCCCACCUUCUCCCGUCACCGCCCCUUAGCCACCCACACAGGACUGGGGACUCCUCCCACCUUCUCCCGUCACCGCCCCUUAGCCACCCACACAGGACUUGGGACUCCUCCCACCUUCUCCCGACACUGCCCCUUAGCCACCCACACAGGACUGGGGACUCCUCCGACCUCCCGUCACCACCCCUUAGCCAGGGGGGUGAUCAGGAUCAUACUAGUCUCUGAUCCUGCCCACCCUGUUAUGGACUAAGCCUGGAACACUGUACUGUCCUGGAUGCCCAUUGACCCUGCCCUCGCUGGACACUAGAGGAAACCCCUUUUACAAUGGGUUCAGAGGUCACAAAGUUGCAGAUGCAUUCACUGACCAACGGGAUACUGGCAAUAGGAUGAUAAAUAUUUAUGUUAAUUUGGAUUUUUUUAAAUUCUGCACCUCAUCCUAGCACUGCCCUGUUAAAUAAAGCAUUUAUUAAAAAAAGGCUAAUAGCUGAUAUAAUAACUGGACAAAUUAAUAAAACAAUGUAUCUAGAUUGUAUGGUAAACUUUCUAUGAAAUAUAGAUUUGAUAUUCA